GACCUCGUCUGUCCUCAGAGGCGCUUCUCCCGCCGAGAGGAGGCACAGCGAGGGGCCGUCGCCACCCCGUGGCCCAGUGCCGUGAAUCGUGUGCCUCAUCUACCGCCCGCGUCGGGCCGCCGGGACCAUGUUUGACAAGACGCGGCUGCCGUACGUGGCCCUUGAUGUGCUCUGCGUGUUGCUGGCUGGAUUGCCUUUUGCAAUUCUUACUUCAAGGCAUACCCCCUUCCAACGAGGAAUAUUCUGUAAUGAUGAGUCCAUCAAGUACCCUUACAAAGAAGACACCAUACCUUAUGCGUUAUUAGGUGGAAUAAUCAUUCCAUUCAGUAUUAUUGUUAUGAUUAUUGGAGAAGUCCUGUCUGUUUACUAUAACCUCUUGCACUCGAAUUCCUUUAUCAGGAAUAACUACAUAGCCACUAUUUACAAAGCCAUUGGAACAUUUUUAUUUGGUGCAGCUGCUAGUCAGUCCCUGACUGACAUUGCCAAGUAUUCAAUAGGCAGACUGCGCCCUCACUUCCUGGAUGUUUGUGACCUAGAUUGGUCAAAAAUCAACUGCAGUGUUGGUUACAUUGAAAACUACAUAUGUCGAGGAAAUGCACGGAAAGUGAAGGAGGGCAGGUUGUCUUUUUACUCGGGCCACUCUUCAUUCUCCAUGUACUGCAUGCUCUUCGUGGCACUUUACCUUCAAGCCAGGAUGAAGGGAGACUGGGCAAGACUCUUACGCCCCACACUGCAAUUUGGUCUUGUUGCUGUGUCCAUUUAUGUGGGCCUCUCUCGAGUUUCGGACUACAAACACCACUGGAGCGAUGUACUGACUGGACUCAUUCAAGGAGCCCUGGUUGCAAUAUUAGUUGCAGUGUACGUAGCUGAUUUCUUCAAGAACAGAAAUUCUUUUAAAGAAAGGAAAGAGGAGGACUCCCAUACAACUCUGCAUGAAACACCAACGACAGGGAAUCACUUUAGGAACAGUCACCAACCUUGAAGGUAGCAGAGUGCCCAGGUGAAGCUGGCCCGCUUUCUAAAGGAAAAUGAUUGCAACCAGAAGACAAGAAGAUGAGUUUUCUUCAUGGUGUACAAGCCUUUAAGGGACUGCUGCUGCUAUACCUCUUGGAUGCCCACUUUACCUGUGUGUUAUAUAGGUAUAUUUAACACAGUGGUUCUCUAAUAGCUCUAAGUUCAUU